UGCUUUGAGCUGUUUUGAAAAGCCCUCUUCAUGCUGAAGUUGCCUGAGCAGCUAUCCAAGGACAUGUCACCUGUCACAAACCGGGGUGAAGAAGUGCAAGAGAAAUGAGCUCAUCUGUCAACUUCAAAAAGGGUGAGGAUACUUUCGAGCUGAUUGACCUUGCAGAGUAUGCCAAGAAACAACGAUGGUGGAACAGAGUCUUUGGGCAGAACUCUGGACCGAUUGCAGAGAAAUACUCUGUAGCAACACAGAUAGCUAUCGGAGGAGUAACGGGCUGGUGCGCCGGGUUCCUCUUCAAGAAAGUGGGAAAGGUGGCUGCUUCUGCUGUGGGCGGAGGGUUCUUCCUGCUUCAGAUUGCAAACCACACAGGUUAUAUUACAGUAGACUGGAAGAGAGUUGAGCAGGAUGUGAAGAAGGCAAAGAAACAGCUCAAACUCGGUGCUGAGAAGUCACCAAAAGAAGUACGAACUAAAGUGGAUGAGGUGACCACAUUCUUAAAGAAGAACAUCGUGCUGACUGGGGGCUUUGCUGGGGGCUUUCUGAUUGGACUGGCAUCUUAGGAAUCUCUAUUUUGUAAAAUGCCUUUUCUUUUUCAUGUAUCACAAAUGUAUCUCUUCAGUGUAAAGGAAGGUGAUGACGUUAUUAGCAAGGUCAAAAAAAGGCUCAGUAACUGCAGUGUGUUGGAACCACUGCUGAGUUCUGUUCGUACAGGAGUUUGGGGUAUGAUUAGGGCUUUUGAAAGUCACAAAAAAAAAUGUGUGUCAUUUUUUCAUUGAUGUUCUGUUCCGGAAUCAGUUUGUGAGCUGAUUCAAUGUAGUUUUGCUUGUGUUGAGCUUUUUUUCUUAGAUAAUUUUUUUUAAAAUGCAGACUUCAGUGAAGAAUGUUUAAUAAAAACAAUCUGCAUUUAGAAUUUGGGCAUUUUAAUUAGGAUAUUCCUGUUCGAUCAUCAGGGUUGUUUUCACCUUCAUCACUCCUUUUAUUAUGAUUUUGUUUUUCUGGUAAAGUUUUUUAAAAGUUAGCUUUUAUCCAGAGAUAUAAUUAAGAAAUAUUGAGUAAACAGUUAUGGAGCAAAGAGAAUAUCCCAACAUCAGACCACUUGACUGGGUCUUAUAAUGCAGAUUGGAUAUUAAUAUUUACUAAUAUUUAAUAUUUAGUAAAUAUUAAUAUUGACUUUAGACAGUACAGGGAGAACAGUGAAGUCAAGUUGCCUCUUCUGCAUGUUGGCCUGCUUCGUGAAGAACUGGGGGUGGUAUAACUUACUCUCAUUCCUGUUUAUAGGUCUGAUUACACUGGGAGUGGUAGCAGAAAGCGGUAAGCUGUAAACCGUGCUGUUUUUCAUAUUACACUGGCCGUGAGAAACCUUGCAGUAUAUGUAAAUGUAUUAUCACAUGUUAAUGUUGAAAAAAAAAUUAUUUGAUGAAACAUGUCAAGAAAUAGGUUAAAUAUAUUUGUGUGCUAUAUUUAUGUAGGUGUAUAUAAAAUAAAAAUGCAGUGUUUCACCUGUGUAGCAUUCUCCAGUGACCAUUAUAUUUAUAUUAAUAAACAUUACGUACUAUAUUAUAUAUGAAUUACAUUAUAUUUUAAUGAUGCCAUAUCAUUUUUUAUUUUAACUCUGAACCAAACAGUGUUAUUCCAUCCCAUAUAUGCAUUGCAUGACUGAAUUGUUUACCUGGCAUGGCAAAUCCAAGAGUUUUAUGACAGAAUAAUUUAAAAACCUGUACAAAAAACCUCCAUCAAAUGCUACAAGAAGACUGUAAUUAUGGAGACCUCUUUUUUUUCAACUUUGAAAUGUUUUGCUUGGAGGUCUGUGGUAUACAGUACGAUAUGUGUAUGUUUUCUGUUGCUCUUCAAAUGCAAAUGGUUUUACUUGACAUGUCUAGUUUGGCCGCCAUGGUGUCCCAGGUGUCUUUCUUCUUUAGCGUAUCCGUAGCGUAUCCUUGUAAUCUGGACGGGACGUAUCAUACAGUGGAGGGCAUUUUUGCACCCUGAAAUCCAGUCUUUCGUUCGCCAUCUCUCACUGUACAUAGUGCAGAUAACGUCGCACAGCAACACUUCAGUUGAUUGGUGUAGAUGGAAAUUUGCUGUGCGGUACUAUAAAGAUCGCUCUGGUUUCCUGCGUGGUUUUCCAUCGUGCUGCUUUUCCAUUCCGCACUUAGUGUAAUUGCACCCAUUCAAAACAACAGAUUCUAUUUUUUUCCACUUUCCGCUACCGUGCCCAGUGUAACCAGACCUUAAAAAGGAGUGUGACUGAGAAUACAUGAAGAAGACAUCUGGUACUUCAGUUUAUUGUCCCUGAACCCACUUAAUCUAGAACACAACAAAACUAUAAACUACUUCUCUAAAAUCCCAGCACAAGCUACUCUGUUAAGUCUUCGAUUAACAGUCACCUCAUUUUAUGAAGUAUUAAAAUAGACACAUGUAAUAGCCAAAUAGUUUAUACUCCAAAGAAUUCUGUAGAUUAUGGAUCUGGGAAAUUGUAUAGCUUGUGCCAAAGAGAUUUGUAUUUAUUAGUUAUUGGGAUGCUCUUGUACAACAUACAGACAAUUUCAGAUGUCUGGGUGUUCAGAUGUGUUCACUGUAGUAGGACUUGCAGGUUGGUGUUUUUGUAUUUUUUUUUUUUUUCUCUUUCAGAUUAUUGAAAUGCACUGUUGUGUUUGUUAUAAAUAUGCACCACAGAGGAAAAUAAAACUUAAAACAAAAAU